UAAGAACGCAAAUCGAAGAAAAUAAAAAUUGUCAAUUUAUCAAUUUUUAAGAAUGAAAAAUAAGCAAAAUUUUUUAUUGAUAUUUUUCAGUUUUUGUGGAGUUAAUAGUGAAGUUGUGGGCAGUAAAGCACCGAUAGUGGAAACUACCAAUGGCUGGAUUGUUGGCAAAACGUUCAAGACAACAAAUUUAAAAGAAUUUGAUGGAUUUUUAGGAAUUCCGUUUGCAAAACCUCCUGUUGGGAAUUUGAGAUUAAGAGACCCUGAGCCAUAUACAGAGACAUUUACAGAACACAACCCUUAUUUUGCAACAGAAGAGAAAGCACACUGCAUGCAAAAAAAUUACUUAUUGCCAAAUCCAUCUGUAACGGGUGUCGAAGACUGCCUUUACCUCUACGUUUACCGACCUAAGUGUAAACUGAGCGUCAGAAAAUGUCAACGGCCGUUGCCAGUAAUUGUUUAUAUUCAUGGAGGUGCAUUUUUUGCCGGGGCCGCUGGACCAUCUUUAACUGGAGCUGAUUACUUUAUGGACACUGAAGACGUAAUUUUUGUGACAAUGAGCUAUCGUCUUGGUCCAUUGGGAUUCUUAUCAACUGGAGACGAUAAUAUGAGUGGAAAUUUUGGAUUAAAGGAUCAAACAUUAGCGAUGAAAUGGGUUAAAGAAAAUAUUGAAAAUUUUGGAGGUGAUCCAAACAAUAUUUCGCUAAUGGGACAGUCAGCAGGUGCUUCAAGUGUUCAUCUUCAUAUGAUGAGCAAUUUGAGCAAAAAUCUAUUCAAUAAAGCAAUUAUUUUGUCAGGAAAUGGAAAUGGACCAUACGCAUAUGUCCUCAAAAAUCCAUUAAAACAAGCCAUAGACUUCGCAAAAGCUGCUGGAAUUAAAAAAGCUCAAGGAAUGUCAAAUAAUGCCUUAAGUGAAGAAUUAAGAAAAGUUGAUGCUACAAAACUUCUCGAUGCUUCAGAUACUUUUAAAAUUUGGUCAAUUGAUCCACUUGUAAUCUCAAAACCAGUCGUUGAAGACUGUAGAGCAGUUGAAGGAUUUCUGUGUGAUAAUCCAGUAAAGAUGUGGAAAAAUGGAAAUUAUAGCCGUAUUCCAUUCAUAACAGGAAUAAUGAAUGGAGAUGGAGGUGUACGAGCUUUGUCGUAUUUCUCGAAUGCAACCUUGAUUCAGGAUCUGAAUAAAAACUUUAAAGAUUUAUUUCCAAAACUUUUAGAAAUUAAUGACAUUGAAUCUGAAAGAAUCACAACUGAACGACUUCAAAUGGUUGCAGAUCGAUAUUUAAGUGGACGAAUGGAUCUCAAUAAAGAAGAUAUGAAAAAUUUAGUUCAUAUUUAUACGGAUAGAUCAUUCUUAGCACCAAUGGCAAAUACAUUAUUGCAAAUGGUUGAAAAUGAAAGCAAAGGUCUCGGAUAUCUCUACAAAUUCUCAUAUAAAGGCAGUUUGUCGUACGCUGGUUUUUAUGCUGGAGACUUUUCAUUCAAAUAUGAUGAUCCUGUGCAUUGCGAUGAGCUUAUUUAUUUAAUAAAAUCUCCGGCAAUUUUUGGAAAUCACCAGGAAUUUGAAACUGGAUCUAGAGAUGCUGAUUUCAGAAAAAAACUCGUCAAAUUUUUCACAAAUUUUGCUUCUUUUGGAAAACCUAUCAAAAUUAAUGGCAAGUCACUUUACCGAUGCACAAAAAAUGACGAAUUCAACCAUGGAUCUAAGCAGCUUCGAUGUAAUUAUGUGGAUUUUGAUGACAAAAUUUCAAUCAAGUUUGACGAUCCAAUCGAUCACAAUGCGGUAGAUUUCUGGAAUCAACUUGAUAAUACUUUGAUGGUUUAACAAGAUAAUUAAUAAUUGAAAUAACUUACAAUAAUUAGUGAAAAGUUUAGGUCAAUAUUUGUCAUAUUUGGUCCCUUACCAAUCCUUAUUAGUAUUAAGAUUCAUUUUCUAGAUAAAAAAAUUAAGUUCAAGUGAUGCCUACAGAUGCUUUUUCAAUAUAAUUUGUUGGUUAUAUCAAAGCUUUAUUUUAAAAAAUACAACUUAUUAAAUAUUGAAAAUUAUUGAUUUAAUUAUCAUUAAAUAAAUGUUUUCUUAAAUCAAAAUAUUAAAAUUUGAAAUUAAAUCCAGGGUUGCAAUGUAGGCAUCUAUGUACAGUUGAGAACCGUAACAUUCCUCGAUAAAUUCAAACCAUACAAAUUCUAUUAAAACCUCACAAAUUAUCAAGGACUUGUACGGUUCUCAUCUGUGUACAGGUGCCUGUAUCGCAACCCUGCUUUAAUCUUUAUAGAUGUGAAAUAUUCAAAUAUAAUAUUCGAAACUUUAAUGUAAUAAAUAUGAUUUUAUUUAUAAAUAUAUCUUUUAAAAAUUAACAUAAAAUUACAAAUAUUCAGCAAAAAUAAGAUUUUAUUUUAUUAAUUUUAUGAUUUUUAAUGCUCACAAUAUCACAUUGAAGGAAGUCAUUUACUUAUUAGCUGUUUAUCGAAUUUGUUUAUUUUUUUAAAUAAAGUAUCUGGGAACUCAUAGGAGACUGUUCAUUUAUGACAUCCAAAGAGGGGGUGUAGGAUGGAGGGUCAGCAAGAAAAGAACAAUAGAAAUUCCAAGAAAUUCGUUUUUAUUUUUUGAAAAAUGACUCGUUACUUUCGCACGUCAUAAGAGAACGGUCUUUAUGGAACAAGCCAUAAAUCUAUUAAAAACCUUAAAGCAGUUGACUAAUCUUAUCGAAUUGUAAAGAAGGCCACUUUUAAGAGUUUGAAACUCUUUCCCCUAACAGACAAGUGCGUGUACUCAUGGUACAGUAAAAAACUCAAAAGUAUAUUCAGAACAUACUCUUGAGUAUGUUACGGUCCCAUGAGUAUACUCAUUCGUUUGUUAGGGUUCCAAUCACUUUUUGAUCAUUUUUCACCAUUUUGACCAAUUUCGCAUGUUUAGCAUAAUUUGACUUCCCGUAAAAAGGUUGUCCACUAUUAAAAUAUGAUGUUUAAUAAACACAUCGACUUAAUCGUCAUCUUUCUGUUUUGAAUCAUGACAGUUCCUUUGAAGUUUUUCCAUACACAUUCCAAUGAAAUUCUUAAAACUAUGAAAAUCCACCAGAUAGAACCAAAUUUUACAGAAAGCUAUGUUAAAAGCUAAUAUCAAUGUCUUCUUGUGUUAGUUUUCUGGCAAAUUCCAUCGAUGGCGUUAAAGAAACCAACGAGUUUCCAGUUUCUUCUGAUACUUCCAUCAAUUUAAAGAUUAAAGACAUUCCAACCUAAAAUUUUUUAAAAAUAAAUAAAAUUAAGAAAUUCAGCAUUAAAAAUCAAUUCAACUCACCACAAGAAUAGCACUGUAAAGCAUUCCAAAUGCAAUAAACACGAAUUUAACUUUCAUGAAAUAAAAAUCAGUUCCACUUCCUCUUUCCAUUUCGUCUUCAUCAGUCACAGCCAUUUGAUCAUACUUCCUGACUCUUUGAAUCUCACAAAAUCCAACAAUCAUUAAAAUGCUUAGAAGCACAGUUGACAAAAGUUGGAAUGCAAGAAUAAAGAUCCGAAAGUUUAUAUGCACGUCAUCGUGUGACUCGCCUAUACCAAACAUAUUAAAUACUAUGACUUGAAAUGAUGCAAAUGUGAUAGCUUUGAGGAUCAUUAGAUCAUUAACGCUGUUUGGAAGGCGGUAGAAUAGUUUCUUGAUUAUGAGAAGCUGGA